AAUCUCAACGUGUCUCUCGGUCUCGGUUCGAUUGCAGUUAUCAGUGUCUGUCCUCUCCCCCUCCUCGCCGUCCCCGUUCCCCUCGUUCUUCAGGCUCCUCCCCUCUCCUCUCCCCUCCCCUCCCCUCCCCAUCGCUGGUAAGAUCACGCGAGGAGCAAAUCUCAUACCCUAUCCAUCCCGAGGCCCGGCAGAUCUCUCCCCGCUAGCCGCCCACCGCCGCGCCCUACAUCCGCCUCCCGCCGCCCGCCUCAAUUCCGCCCGCCGACCGCCGACCGCCUCAGCCCCGCCCGCCCUCGCCGUCCCCGUUCCGUCCAGUUCUUCCUCGUCGGCGCAUCGCGUUCCUGCCUUCUCCCUCCACCCCGUACCGCCGUCCUUGUUUUCAUUCGUUUCGAUGUGUGGGGUUUGAUUUUAUCCGGCGACUGGUUAAGUCCCGCUGAACCUCACGACCUCUGGGUGUGCCGCCGCGCACGCCCGGAACGCCGUCUAGAUCCGCCCCUGGUGCCAGGGGUCGUCGGAGGGGUUUGGACCUGGGGAGAUGACCAGUAUCUCCACGAACCAGUUCGGCUCCGGCGGCAGCAAUGGAGGGUCUGCCUCCAGGCCGCACGGCAGGGAUAUUGUGGUUUGGACCGAAGAGAUGAAUGAGUAUCUCAUCGACUCGCUCCUGCACCAGCAGGAUAUCGGGAAAAGGAGCGCCGAGGGCAGGUUCAUGACCGUCGCUUAUGAGAGCGUCAUCACCGGGGUCGGCGAGAGGUUCGGGGUGGGGAUCGACAGGUCCAACAUCAAGAACCGUCUCAAGCAUGUCAAGGACAUGUUCCAUGAAUGCGAGAACCUUUUCGACAAGGAGAGCGGGAUUAAAUGGAACCCGGCAACCCGGAGGUUCCACGCCGACCCUCAAGUCUGGAGGGAAUUGAUUGAGAAAAAACCAGAAGCCAAGAAAUGGAUGACGAAGACCAUUGACCAUUACGAUAGGUUAUUGGAGUUAUUUGGUAAGGAUAGGGAGAGACGACCUGCUUUUGAGAACUCGAAAGGUCCUUCGAAAAAAAAGGCGCGAAUAGAACCACCAAAGGAUAGACCUCAACGUCAACAGACGUCAUCAAAUGGCUUUGAGUUAGCGAUCGUCCAAAGUUCAAAUCAAGUAAUGGAUAAAAAUGAGCUACCUGAUGAUGUGGUAGAAGAAAAUAACUUUAUUGGGGAACUCGAUUUAUCAGAAUUGUGCAAAAGUGAGAAUGGCCUUGUUGCCAUACCUGUUCAUGCUAAUGCAUAUGGCAAGGGUUUGCCCUAUGCUCCUGAAAAUUGGCCAUCUCCUGGAGAUCAGUGGCAGUGGAAAGUGGGGAACAGAAUUGCUGCAGGUGGUCACUGGAUUGACAGAUAUCUUGCCCCGCCCUCGCGUUUUCGUGAUGCUACUGGUAAAAAGACAUCAUUCACAAGUAGAAUAAAAGUUGGAGAGUUUAUCAAGAGCAACUUUCCAGAUGUUGAACCUAGCACAUUUUUCUCUAUGUUCAUAUGGAAGAUUCCUGCUACUGCAGGAGGCGGGAUUCAAAGAGGAACCCUUCAAGUGGAACGCGUUGAACCUGAAGAUGACCUGGCGGAUCCUGAUGGACCAUGCAAGGCUCGGAAUAAGGCGUGCAAUCUUGGGAAAGAAGGGUUUAUUGAAUCAUCACCAGCAGGGAAUUGUGACAUCUGCUGCGUACAUCCUGAUUUCUGUCGUACAUGCUGUUGCAUUCUCUGUGGCAAGUCUGUUAACGAUUCCUUUGGAGGUUAUAGUUACAUCAAGUGUGAGGCAGUUGUGGUAGAGAACUACAUCUGUGGGCAUCUUGCCCACCUUGACUGUGCUCUGAGGAUUUUCAUGGCUGGAACUGUUGGAGGAAGCAUCGGGUUGGAUGUGCAAUAUUACUGCAGGCGGUGUGACAACAAAACCAACCUGAUGAUGCAUGUGGAGAAACUCCUGGAAACAUGUCGCUCUGUUGGAUCAAGGAGUGAGAUUCAGCCAAUCCUUAAUAUGGGCUUGUGCAUCUUGCGUGGUUCAAGACAAGUGCAAGCGAAAAGCUUGGAGGACUAUAUGGCAUCAGUGAUGGCAAAGGUGAAUAAUGGGGUUGAUCUUGCUGAAAUAUGGAAUAUGGAGGAUGGUGAUGGCAUGUCAAUACUGAAUGCAGAAGAAAGUUCCCCACCUAUUGCUGGUGUCACAUUGCUAGGGACUGAGCCACAGUACCCAUAUCUGACUGAUCCAAUGGUUGAUAAUGAGCUGCAGAGGGCUGCCGAAAGUGUUCCAAUUUUCAUUACUGGUGAUCACACCGAGAUGUCUCUCAAAUUUGAGGAUGAGAUAGAUAAUUCCCUUCUAGAACUGAAGAAAUCUCAGGAAGCAGAAUACAGGCUGGCUGAGCAGAAGCUUUAUUCUCAGAAAGAUUAUGUCCUCAGCCUGUAUCGUCAGCUUGAGUCAGACAGGUCCCAGCUUGCAGAUCCUAACCCCUUAUCCGACAUCUCGCGCUACAGCGUGCUUCUCUCCAACAUUACUAACCGAGUGGAGCAAGUGAAGCGCGAGGAGGAGAAGUUCCAGACUAUGCUCAAAGUCUCCAAAGGGUUCCGCAAAGCACCGGCGAGCGUCAAGGAGCACUUUGGUUUGCCACCUGCGGAGUAGCUCGAAGUUUGACUAGCUUGAACUUAGAUACCAUAGUUUACCCUGAACUGUACAUUGGGUAUGUCUCUUGUGCUGUUGUACUGUUGUAUACCCAUCUCCGACAAAGGUGCUGCUCUCUCCAGGGCGCACCGUCAGGCUGCUGCUGCUCUAGGAACAGUCCCCCAACAUCUGAAUCACCAGUUUCAGACUUUAAUCGUACAUUCAGUUCAGUGAUGACUAUGCUGGUAA